CCUUCUCGGUGGAUCACUCACCAAAAUCCACCUCCCACCAACAUGCCAAAACCAAAGGGCUCCAAAAGCAAUCCAAUACAAAAUGCCAUCAACGAAUGGAUUGGCUCAGGCCAAGCUUCCAAAACAGAAACGGAUCAAGAAUGGAAUGCCCAACUCUUAAACAGCGCACCCAAGCGCUUUACCAUCUAUGAACCAAUGGUCAUGCUGCCCACAGGAAGCUUCACAUCCUUACCCUGGACAACCACAUUACAAGACGCCGGCCCAGAUUCAUGCCAACAACUCUGGUCCCAGAUCCUAGCACAACUGUCGACACAGGCAAAGGAGCCAUUGACUCAUCUCGCCGUGAAUGAAGGCAUCCCUCUACACAAGGCAGGUGAGGAGGCGGAUGAGAAUGUGAGAAGAAGUCCAAGUGGGCUGCGCACUCUCUGCGGAGAUUUUGGGUCCUCAUAUGUCUCAGCGGAUGAACCUUCCGAAGAAGAUUUUGAAAACACUUUAUGGGUUUCGACGAAGCAAAAUGGGAUAUUCCAAACCUGGGCACCCAGCUGGACAAUGUUUAGCCGGGGAAAUGUCAAAGAGAAAGCAAGACUGUUAGAUAUGGGAAACAAGACACUUCAGGGCUCAUGGGCGGUUGACCUCUAUGCUGGAAUCGGCUACUUUGUUUUCUCAUAUGCUCGACUUGGCAUGAGAGUCUUAUGCUGGGAGAUCAAUCCAUGGAGUGUCGAAGGUCUACGACGUGGCGCAAAAGCAAACCGAUGGAGCGUUCGAAUUGUCCAAGGUGAAGACUUGGCCCUACCAAACGAAGACAUCGUAAACGGAGGAGAGCAGAUUAUUGUGUUCCUGGAGAGCAAUGAGAAAGCUCUACAGAGGAUACAGUCGCUACAGGGUAAUGGCAUGACACAAGACAUACGGCACAUCAACUGUGGUUUCCUACCAACAAGCGAACCAACUUGGAGAGACACGUGGGAUAUUUCCUCUCCAGCCAGUGAGACAUGGCUGCAUCUUCACGAAAACGUUGGCGCAAACGACACAGAAACAAGACGCCAGGAGAUACAGCGCAAAUUCGACGACUGGAGCCAAGGAACAGAUCGGGCAGCCAAGGCCGAGCAUAUCGAGCUUGUCAAGACAUUCGCACCAGGCGUCUGGCACUGCGUCUUUGACGUUCAUGUUUACAAGAUCUAGCUAUAUCGUGUAUCAUGCUUAUUAUCCCAAUAAUAUCGAGUACAUAGAAUUUCAGUUUCAUCCAUCAUGAUGUCAUGCGCCCCUAUCACACACGCCCCGAGUCCCUGCCCCA